CUUACCCAAUCAAACACAAAACCUCAGUGGCAAAACCGAAAUUAUCUUCCAACAUUGAGGUCAAUCUUCUCCGCCGCUUCUUCCUUUCCCUUUCUCAGCUUAUUUUCUUUCCUUUUCUUUAUUUUUGCAUUUCACUUCUCACCCAUUCAGACUCAACACAACACUGAAAAUUUCUUAUUCUCUCUCUCUAACACACUUUCUCUCUCUACUGUUACUUCAGAAUCAGAUCACACUUUCCUCACAGAUUUCCUACAUUCCCGCACUUUCUCCGUUCCGUUUUCUUCUCCGCCGGACCGGCGCGAGAUCAGCGAUCUAUCAAUCGCUGGAAUCGGUGGAGUAUUUCCUUCCAUCGUGACCUAGAAAUAUCUUCUGGUGUUUAACAGUGCAGGAGCUCAAUUUUAAUGGUGGAGGUUAUGAAGUUGAGCGCGUGUGGAAAUUUAGCUUGGUGGCGCGUAGUCAAUUCGGUUUUGGAAGGUUUGUUAUUAGGUGAAUGGAAUGGUUUGGGUAUGAGAAUGGGUGAAUGAGUGGAGGAUUGGUGUUUGAAUUUUGAAAAUAGUUUGUAAUUUUUCUUCUUAAUCUUGCAUUGAGUGAUGUCACGGUCCGAUACUGUUAUGAUGACGACUGCUUCAACUACUUCGGAUCUGAAUAGAACUGGUACCGUUGAAAGAGACAUUGAGCAGGCAAUUACUGCUUUAAAGAAAGGGGCUUGUUUGCUUAAGUAUGGAAGAAGGGGGAAGCCCAAGUUUUGCCCCUUUCGGCUUUCCAAUGACGAAUCUCUUUUGAUAUGGUUCUCAGGGAAAGAAGAGAAGCGCCUUAAACUAACUAAUGUUUCUAGAAUUAUAUCCGGACAACGCACGCCUAUCUUUCAAAGAUAUCCACGGCCUGCGAAGGAAUACCAGUCAUUUUCACUUAUCUACAAUGACCGAUCACUGGACCUGAUUUGCAAGGACAAAGAUGAAGCUGAGGUAUGGUUCAGUGGAUUGAAAGCAUUGAUUUCACGGAGCCAUCACCGGAAGUGGAGAACAGAGUCUAGAAGUGAUGGUUUUCCAUCUGAAAUUAAUAGUCCUCGAACAUACACUAGAAGAAGUUCUCCCUUGCAUUCUCCAUUUGGUAGUAAUGAAAGCUUGCAAAAGGAUAGUGAGGAUCACAUUCACCUUCAUAGCCCAUAUGAGAGCCCUCCUGAGAAUGGUUUAGAUAAAGCAUUUGCUGAUGCGACUUAUUAUCCUAUUCCUCCAAAGGUUUUCUUCCCACCAGAUUCGGCCAGUGGUUCAGUCCACUCUGUGUCAUCAGGAGGAUCAGAUAGCGUGCAUGGUCACAUGAAGACAAUGCCUAUGGAUGCCUUUAGAGUUAGUCUAUCAAGUGCUGUUAGCUCUUCUAGCCAAGGUUCUGCUCGUGAUGAUGGUGAUGCCUUAGGGGAUGUUUUCAUUUGGGGGGAAGGCAUAGGUGAUGGUGUUCUUGGUGGUGGGGUUCGCCGAGUUGGGAGUUGUUUUGAUGUCAAAAUGGAUUCUCUAUUGCCGAAAGCCUUGGAAUCAGCAGUAGUUCUAGAUGUACAGAAUAUUGCUUGUGGUGGGCAACAUGUGGCCUUAGUGACGAAACAGGGUGAAAUUUUCUCUUGGGGAGAAGAAUCAGGAGGCAGGCUCGGGCAUGGAGUUGAUUCUGAUGUUCCCCAUCCAAAACUCAUUGAAUCUUUGAGUAAUACAAAUAUCGAACUAGUUGCUUGUGGAGAGUAUCAUACUUGUGCUGUGACACUUUCUGGAGAUCUUUAUACAUGGGGUGAUGCCACUUACAACUAUGGUCUUCUGGGGCAUGGAAAUCAGGUGAGUCACUGGGUUCCAAAAAGAGUAAAUGGUCCCUUGGAGGGUAUACACGUUUCAUCUAUUUCUUGUGGUCCUUGGCAUACUGCUGUUGUAACCUCUUCUGGGAAGUUAUUUACUUUUGGUGAUGGUACAUUUGGUGUUCUCGGUCAUGGAGACCGAAAAAGUGUUUCCUUGCCAAGGGAAAUAGAGUCCUUGAAGGGUCUUCGAACUGUGCAGGCUGCUUGUGGUGUUUGGCAUACUGCUGCAGUUGUGGAAGUAAUGGUUGGAAAUCCUAGUUCCAGCAACUGCUCUUCAGGGAAGCUGUUUACUUGGGGAGAUGGAGACAAAGGUAGACUUGGGCACGGUGACAAGGAAUCCAAACUUGUUCCAACCUGUGUUGUAGCCCUUAUUGAACCUAAUUUUUGUCAAGUUGCUUGUGGGCAUAGUAUGACUGUUGCACUUUCUAGAGCAGGCCAUGUCUAUACCAUGGGCAGCUGUGUCUAUGGCCAGUUAGGAAAUCCUCAAUCUGAUGGUAAACUACCAACUCGCAUUGAAGGAAAGCUUUCAAAGAGUUUUGUGGAGGAGGUAGCUUGUGGUGCUUAUCAUGUUGCAGUUUUAACUUCAAGAACUGAAGUUUUCACUUGGGGGAAAGGUUCAAAUGGUCGUUUGGGCCACGGGGAUACUGAUGAUAGAAACUCCCCGACAUUAGUGGAAGCUUUAAAAGACAAACAAGUUAAAAGUAUUGCUUGUGGUACAAAUUUUACUGCUUCCAUAUGCCUGCAUAAGUGGGUAUCUGGUGUUGACCAAUCCAUGUGUUCUGGCUGCCGUGUGCCAUUCAAUUUCAAAAGGAAGCGCCAUAACUGUUAUAAUUGUGGACUCGUUUUUUGUCAUUCAUGCAGCAGUAAGAAGUCUGUUAAGGCUUCAAUGUCACCAAAUCCCAACAAACCUUAUCGUGUCUGUGAUAACUGUUAUAACAAAAUAAAGAAAACUACAGAAGCUGACGGUUCAUCUCAGUCUUCUAUUAGCAGGAGAGGAAGUAUUAAUCAAGGGUCACUCGAGUCUAUUGUUAAGGAUGAUAAAUUGGAUUCUAGAUCUCAAAAUCAAAUUUCUAAGUUCUCUUCAAUGGAAUCCUUGAAACAAGUAGACAGACGAUCUUCAAAGAAAAAUAAGAAAAUGGAAUUCAAUAGUAGUCGGGUCUCGCCUGUUCCAAAUGGAGGUUCUCAAUGGGGAGGGAUGCAUAUUUCUAAAUCUUCUAAUCCUGUUUUUGGAUCAUCAAAGAAGUUUUUUUCAGCUUCUGUUCCUGGAUCUAGAAUUGUUUCUCGGGCAACAUCCCCAAUAUCUAGGCGGCCUAGUCCACCACGGUCAACUACUCCAACCCCAACGCUGGGAGGACUGACAACCCCAAAGAUAGUUGUGGAUGAUACAAAGAGGACUAACGAUAGCCUCGGCCAGGAGGUUGUUAAAUUAAGAUCACAGGUAAGCUGGCUCAGGAAAUAUUUGUCUCUGGUUGUAACUGCUCAAGAAGCUAGGCCCAUGAACUUGUGAGCUGAUCUUGAGUUGAAAAUUCUUACUUGUUUAGUGAAUGGGCCAAGCUUUAGAUUUUAUAGGUUCAACGCUGUUUAACUCAUAGCUGGCCGUAGUUUCACAAUGUCAGUUUCUGUACUUGGGCUUUUAUUUCACCUAAAGAAAGAAGGUUUUUAUCCAUGUUUGAGUCAACACAAAAACUAACUACAGACUUCUUUCUCUACCUUUUUAUGAGGUUUUGUUAGAAUGGGAGAAUCAACUUUAAAUCUUUAUUAUUAGGAUUUAAAUUUAUUAUUAAGAUUAGAAUUAGCAAAUAAAUAUUAAUUAGUAUUUAUUGUAUUUAUUUUAUAUGCUAUUUUAUUUAUUUUCGAAGCAGGCCUCCCAAACAUUCUAUUAUUCUUUUUCUGGCGUUUCGUAACGACACACCUUUUCUUUUCUUCUGGUGGACCCUUCUUUGCGGUGUACCAUCAUCAGCAACCACCGACACCAUCGUGAUCAUAAUAUUGUCUCCAGUCCAGCCACCUGACCUAAACUGUCAUUAAAGCAGCCACGUGCCGAUUGUUCUCCAUCGUUUGUCAUCCUUUUGGCAUAAUUCUUCACCGUGUCAUCCUUCCGAUGUGUUAAGAAUUUCUUCUGCAGUCAUUCACUUUCAAUUAGUCUGCAUUUUCGUUCUGCUUCCUUGUGCAAGUCCUCUAUGCUUCAUCCAAAUACUUUCUUCUUCAUUACUUGCUGUGUUUAUCUCUGCACCCAAUUGUGGUUCAACCAGUUGCACCCAAUUGUGGUUCAACCAGUUGCACCUUCUUCACUGAGACUAAUUUCUGAAAACCUCCAUAGCCACCUUCAAAACCUACGACGUGCACAAUUUCCUUUGCUACCAUCAUCUCCGAUAGAUAGCUCUACAACUUUUUAGCUACAGUUUUUCAGUUUCUAUUUUCUCUAUAAUACAUUCAUCCAUUGUAACAAGCUUAAAGUUUGUAAGCUUUAGUUUGAGGGAGAGUGUAGGAAUCAAAAAAGUUAAAUUCAAAUACUUAUUAUUAGGAUAUGAGUUUAUUAUUAGUAUUAGAAUUAGUAAGUAUUUUCUCCGUUUUUUUAUUAUAAGUUGUUUUGCCAUGUCACAUAUAUUAAAAAGUCUAAUUAUUGUUUUAUGAAAAGAAAAAUUAUAAAGGAUUUUAUAAAAUUAUCCUUCUUUAAUGGAAUGAGAAAGAAGAUAGAAUAAUAAAUAUUUGAAGGUAUAAUAAAAAAAUAGUAUUAAUGAUUCAUUGGUAUUAUAAAAUGACUUAUAUAAUUUAGGACAAUUUUCUUCUUCUUCGAAAGUGACAUAAUGAAUAUCGGAGGGAGUAAUAUCAAUUAGUAUUUGUUGUAUUUAUUCUACACUCUACAAAAAACAGAAGUGAGUGAAGUCUGAUUUAGACACAAUCACAAAUUCAUGAUGGUAUCAUGGUAGGUUCUGAUCAUGCAUCUUCAUCUCUUUUCCAUGAGCCUCCUAAACAUUCUAUUAUUUGUUUUCGAAGACCUUUUUCUGGCUUUUCACAAUGUUUUCUCUGGUGGACUCUUCUUCUCCGAGUAGAAUCAGUCACUGCCGACACAAUAGUAAUCAUAUUGCUGUCGCAUGUCCAGCCACUUGACCCAAACCGUUAUCAGAGAAGUCAUAUGCCAAUAGUUCUCCAUCAUUGUGUCAUUCUUCCAGCAUGUCUUCAAAUUCUCAGUCGCGUCAUCCUUCCGGCGAGUUCAGAAUUUCUGCUGCCGUUAUCACUCUCAAUUGGUUGGUAUUUUUGUUCCCCAUCUUUGUGCAUGUCCAGUAUCCUUCAUCCAAUUAUGAUUCAACGAAUUACACCUUAUACAUUGAGAUUCAAUCCUGAAAACCAUGAUAGCCACUUUUCGGAA